AUGGCUGCCCUUGGCGACGACUUGCUGGGAACCGUCAACAAGUUGCAGGAUCUUGUUUUUAACACUAUCGGCAAUGAUUCUUUAGAUCUCCCGCAAAUUGUCGUUGUUGGGUCCCAGUCCGCGGGCAAGUCGUCAGUUCUCGAAAACAUUGUCGGACGAGAUUUUCUUCCUCGUGGCAGCGGCAUCGUGACCCGCCGGCCCCUCAUCCUGCAGCUUAUCAACGUGCCUAGCGAUGAGACGGAAGAUGACGCCAACGCUGGCUAUCGGAAUCCAAACCAGGCUGCCCCCAAUGAGUGGGCCGAGUUCCACCACAUCCCCAACAGGCGGUUCAACGAUUUCGGCGAUGUCAAGCGGGAGAUCGAGAACGAGACCUCAAGAAUUGCUGGUAACAACAAGGGCAUCAACCGCCAACCCAUUAACCUGAAGAUUUUUUCCCCGCACGUUCUCAACCUGACCCUUGUCGACCUGCCGGGUCUCACAAAGGUGCCCAUUGGGGAUCAGCCAACAGACAUUGAGAAGCAAACCCGCAACUUGAUAUCGGAGUACAUCGCCAAACCCAACAGCAUUGUGUUGGCCGUGUCGCCCGCAAACGUCGAUAUUGUUAACUCGGAGGCUCUCAAACUCGCACGGCAUGUGGACCCACUGGGCCGCAGGACGAUUGGUGUCCUCACCAAGGUUGACCUGAUGGACCAUGGCACAAACGCACUCGACAUAUUAUCGGGGCGUGUGUAUCCUUUGAAGCUGGGUUGGAUCGGGGUUGUGAACCGGUCCCAGCAAGACAUCCAGGGCAACAAGCCGAUGGAAGAUGCCUUGAAGUCCGAGUCCGAAUUCUUCAGGCACCACCCAGCCUACCGGAAUAUUGCGACCCGUUGUGGCACCCGCUUUCUAGCUAAGACUCUUAACACCACCUUGAUGGCGCACAUCCGAGACCGUCUUCCGGACAUCAAGGCUCGGUUGAAUACCCUCAUGGGACAAACCCAACAGGAGCUCGCCAGUUACGGAGACAUGCAUUUCAGCGGAAAGGAGCAUCGUGGCUCGCUUAUUUUGCAGCUAAUGACCCGGUUCGCGACAUCCUUCAUUUCAUCCAUUGAUGGUACCUCGACGGAGAUUUCGACAAAGGAGCUUUGCGGCGGUGCUCGCAUUUACUACAUCUUCAAUUCUGUCUUUGGAAGCUCGCUUGAGUCUAUUGACCCGACUUCGAACCUCUCGGCUCUCGAUAUCCGGACGGCUAUCCGCAACUCAACUGGUCCACGCCCAAGUUUGUUCGUGCCUGAGAUGGCUUUCGAUUUGCUGGUGAAACCCCAGAUCAAGCUUCUUGAAUCCCCUAGCCAACGCUGCGUUGAGCUCGUGUACGAGGAGUUGAUCAAGAUUUGCCAUACCUGUGGCUCCACCGAGCUGACAAGAUUCCCUCGGCUACAGGCCAAGCUCAUCGAGGUGGUAUCAGACCUGCUCCGGGAACGGCUUGGCCCCGCCUCUGGUUACGUGGAGUCGCUCAUCUCGAUUCAGCGAGCAUACAUCAACACCAACCACCCUAAUUUCCUUGGCGCGGCUGCUGCCAUGAGCCACGUGGUCAGCAACAAGCAAGAACGUGAGAGGAAGCGGCUCAUACAAGAAGAACGGGAGCGCCGGGAACGGAGACGGAUGAAAGAGCUUGGUGCUAAUGGCACUGAGACUCCCGCGGAGGAGGACGCGGAGACCGCCGCAACGGAGAGAGCAGAGUCCGUUGUCGUACGGAAAGCUCAGUCCAAGGUUUCCCGUAGCCAUUCCCCCGCCAUUCACGAGAGAGCACCCGGUAUCGCCAAUGCCCUCAACGGAACCCGUUCUGCGUCUCCGGCGCCAUUCAACGGGCAGGCUCUAGGCAACGCUAAGGACUCAUUCCUCAACUACUUUUUCGGCAAGGAUGGUGCCAUUGUGCCUGGCUCCGCUUUGCCCAACGCAAACAUUGGCCGGCACGUCACCCAGUCGGUCGAGCCAACGUUUAGCCAGAGUAUUAGGCGGCCAGAAGAGAAGGCCCUGCGGUCUCCGAUCCAGCCCACCCGGCCUGAUGAUGGUGUAGACUAUACAGGGUCCUCGAAGGGGACGGAUCUUAAUGGCGAGCCCGCCAUGACCGACCGUGAAGCCAUGGAAACCGAACUGAUCCGGGCUCUUAUCAGCUCCUACUUCAACAUUGUCCGUGAAAGCAUUGCCGACCAAGUUCCCAAGGCCAUUAUGCACCUCCUCGUCAACCAUUGUAAGGAUGUCGUGCAAAACAGGCUUGUCAGCGAGCUGUACAAGGAGAUCCUCUUUGAGGAGCUCUUGUACGAGGACGAUGGGGUGAAGAAGGAACGCGAGAAGUGCGAGAAGCUACUUCAGACGUACCGGGAGGCGGCCAAGAUCAUUGGAGAGGUGGUCUAA